UUCCGACUGUGGGACUGCCUCUGUAUUAUCAACAGUAGAAAGGGAUCAACUCACCACAGUCGACAGUGGUACGCACUGGAGGGAAGAUGGGCCUUUUUCCGGACUUUUCCGUUGAGACCUGGACUUUAAUUGCAAUAGUCAUCACUCUCAUCGCAAUAUAUGGAUAUGCUCCAUAUGGCUUUUUCAAGAAAAUAGGCAUCCCUGGACCCAAACCUUUUCCCUUUAUCGGGACAUUUUUGGAGUACAAAAAGGGCAUCCACAAUUUUGACACGGAAUGCUAUCACAAAUAUGGAAAGAUGUGGGGGGUGUACGAUGGCAGGCAGCCUUUGUUGGCCAUAAUGGACACAGCUAUGAUCAAAACGGUCUUGGUUAAGGAGUGUUACUCUGUCUUCACCAACAGACGAGAUAUGGGCCUAAAUGGACCAUUACGUGAUGCUGUAUCAAUAGUGGAAGAUGAGCAGUGGAAGAGGAUUCGCGGUAUACUCUCUCCAUCGUUCACCAGCGGACGACUGAAAGAGAUGUACACAAUAAUGUUGCAUCACUCAAGUAACCUGAUCAAGUGUCUUCACAAGAAAGUAGAGGCGGAUGAAGUCAUCGAGGUUAAAGAAGUGUUUGGACCUUACAGCAUGGAUGUUGUGACCAGCAGUGCCUUCAGCGUGGACAUUGAUUCCAUCAACCAACCCUCUGAUCCUUUUGUAGCGAACAUUAAGAAAAUGGUCAAGUUCAACUUCCUGAAUCCCUUGCUUGUGUUUGUGGUUCUGUUUCCAUUUGUGGGGCCAAUUUUGGAGAAGAUGAAUAUGUCAUUCUUCCCUGCUAAAGUGCUGGAUUUCUUCUACAACUUUCUAAGGACGAUCAAAUCAGACCGGAAUAAGAAUCAACACAAUAACCGAGUGGACUUCAUGCAGUUGAUGGUGGACGCCCAGAUUGCAGCAGCCAAUGAAAAGGAUGCGAACUCUGCGAAAGGCCUGACUGAUAAUGAGAUCCUUUCUCAAGCCAUGAUAUUUAUCUUUGCUGGCUAUGAAACCAGUAGCAGCACACUGGGAUUUAUAACCUACUGCCUGGCAACCCACCCUGAAACCCAAAAGAUCCUGCAACAGGAGAUCGAUGAAACCUUCCCAGAAAAGAGCCAACCAACCUAUGAUGCCCUGAUGCAGAUGGAAUACCUGGACAUGGUGGUGAAUGAGUCAAUGAGGCUGUAUCCUGUUGCUACUCGGUUAGAGAGAAUGACAAAGUCUUCUGUGGAGAUUAAUGGUGUGACCAUCCCUAAAGGAACAGUAGUCAUGGUACCAGUUUAUACUCUCCAUCGUGACCCUGAUUUGUGGUCUGAGCCUGAGACCUUCAAACCUGAAAGAUUCAGCAAAGAGAACAAAGACAACGUAGAUCCUUAUGCCUUCCUACCCUUUGGAGCAGGGCCAAGGAACUGCAUUGGCAUGCGAUUCGCUGUCUUGAUGAUGAAGUUGGUCCUUGUGGAGAUCCUUCAGAACUUCAGCUUUGUUACCUGCAAGGAGACAGAUAUUCCAUUGGAGCUGGGAAAUGAUGGAUUUACCUCACCCAAGAAUCCCAUUAAGCUGAGGUUGAAGCCCAGAACAACUGUUGCUGAUUCUCCCUCAAGCUAACUCUGAUUAUCUGUAACCUGGCAGUUCUCACUUAAGCCUGCAAAUCACUAAUUUAGGCUGUCUCGAGUACUUCUUCUAAAAAAAUUAUAUAGUAAUGAUUAGAUAGUAUAUUCUUCUAAAAUAAGGUUGUCUAAUAUUAAACAUGCAUAAAGUCACCACUCACUGAUUUAUACUGUAACACAUAUCGUAUCGUUGUAUAUAUAGUCUAGGCUUCAAUUAUAGAAUGGAAGUUACUUUUAUUUUUCAAGCAUCAGAUAUUAGCUGGAGCAUCCAGGGGCGUGUGUUGUGUGUUGGGGCUAGGUCCUUUCCACAGCGGCCUUCACUCUCUUUCCCCUCUCUUUCUACUGUCCUCUCAAAGUAAAAGCAAAAUGUCAAAAGAAAGCAUCAUUAAAGGACACACAUAGCAAAACAUCUUGCAAGACUUGCAUACUUUCAAUAAGGAAUUCAAUAACAAUUUACAAUUGCAACAAGAAAAACUGUAGUCCAGCCAACAGCUUGGCUGGUGUCUGUUGGCAUUGUGAUUUACUAACAGAAUACGAAUAUAUGAAAGCACAAUUACUGUUCUGAAUGCCUCGCCACACAUGCCAGAGAAUUGCAACAUGUUACCACUAUGUGCACACAUGUCAAACUUUUCCAUGGAAUGAGUGUCCUCUGGUUGGCUGUGCUCUUUGCUCUUAAUUUCACAAGUUAGAGAGAGUGGCGUUGAGAGCUUGUCACAAAUUGUCACUGCAUUAAUACACAACACAUUUCAUUCAUGGCAUCACAGACAUUACUGAUAUACUGACAAUCAUAUCUCAUUUGUGACUGUGUUUUUCAUAUGUAUAAUAAAAAUGCUCAUAAGUUCUCA